AUGUCAGUGUUCACGUUCGAGACGGAGCCAACAAGGGUCUCAUCCCCGUGGUUACGUCCGGCCGAGAACCCGGAGAAGAGGGUCACGAAGUUGGAGGCCGAGCCACAGGAGGGAGCGAUAGAGUACAAACUGCAUUUGCUCCUACGGCCCAGGCGACCGUACGAGACCGUCACAACCGGAACAGCCUCGGGGUCCCAACGACCUGGACGGAAUGAGUUUCACUCUACUCCAGACUCAUCCCAUGGCAGCCUCAUUGAUGUGGGUCGUCUGGCCAUCAGUUCGGCCCCGACAGAUGGGUCACGGCGGAAAGCCCCCUCUGAAACCAACACCACUACCAGCGAAUCGCGCAAACUGCGUCUUUAUCAUCUGACAACUCAACUGCUCUGGAGGCUUCAGCAAUCGAUGAGGUACAACCCGCUGGGAACGACUGACUCGCUCAUCCCCAAACUCCCUGAUGACAGCGUUGAUCUAGCCGCAGCGGUACGGCUUGGAAAUCUGUGGCAAGGGCUAGAGGAGUCUAAGGGCGCGCUAUACGAGAUAGGAGUUUCCGACGAUGGCACGCUGGUUGGACUUCCCGAUGAUGAGAUGGAGGAGAGUCUUUUGACCCUUCGAGUAAUGGCAGCGAGCCUUGGGUGCGUCGUGGAAGUGACCCGGCGGCAGUGCGUCGGAGAGUGUCAAUGGACCGAGAAGCCUUCUCCGAAGAAGACAGGUGAUGCCACUCCGCAGCCCGUCACUCAUCAAGAGCAGCUAUACGUGGUCGAGGCAUUCGUGAAACCUUCUCCUGGUAUUGAAGAUCAGACACCGGACAUAGUGGACCGAACUACAUCUGUUUCGCCGGGGCAAGCAGCCGACGUGGAAGCCAGUUCGACGACAGAGCAGCUUCGAGUCACUCUUACGGGCCCAACUGACGGUGGCAAGUCGACGUUACUGGGUACGCUUUGCACAGGAAUUUUCGACAAUGGCUCAGGACGGAGCCGGACCUUCUUGUUGCGGCAUCGCCAUGAGCUGACGUCGGGAAUGACAACCUCGGUCUCCCAAAUGUUGAUUGGCUACAAGAACAGCGGCCAUGAUGAAAACCUCAUCUACAGUUUCUCGGACCGCAACAUUGACUCCUGGGAAGGCAUACACGACUUGUCGCGUGACGGCAGGCUAGUCUUCGUGUCCGAUUCUGCCGGCCAUCUUCGAUUUCGACGGACAAUACUGCGCGGACUCGUCGGCUGGGCACCUCACUGGACAAUCUUGUGCUUGGCUGCCACUGAUGGUGAUGCUAAGGGCAGGUCUACGCCAACGUCUUCCCAAGAUGAAGCGGACUCUCCCAUGGGUGAAGUUAAUCAGACCAAGGCAUACAUGGACCUGUGUCUCAAACUCCGCAUGCCUCUUGUCAUCGUCAUCACCAAGCUCGAUGUUGCUACCACAAUAAGUCUCCGUGCCACGCUGACGAAAGUCUUGGCUGCGAUGAAGAGCGCUGGAAGGGUGCCGAAGCUGCUGAUCAAGCAAAGAAUACAGUCUGACCCCACAAGAGUUCCCGCAGUAGACGAGGAUGACAUACAGCCUCUGAUAUCCGACAUGAAGAGGAGUGGCAACCUGCUCGACUUCGUCCCGAUCGUGUCGACGAGUGCCGUGAAAGGUGAAGGGAUCGGUCUGCUCCACGCACUGCUCCAAAAUCUGCCGAUACCGCCAACUCCCACGGCUCGAGACUAUGUCGGUCUAGCUCUAAAUCCCGAGCAGCCGGACUCUGUGUUUCACAUCGAAGACAAGUUCAGCCUCUCUGCGUUGUACGGGAAUGCCGUGAAGGACGAUGAAGAAGCCGAGCAUGGAACAGUUGUUGCGGGCUAUCUUCGCUUCGGCCAUCUGGCGGUGGGCGACCAAGUGCUGGUAGGACCGUUCCCACCAGAUGACGACUCGAGCACCAUCACUCCCGAGGAUCGGGCCUCGCCAGGCGGGGAAGGGCUCUCUGUCUCUCAUCACUCGUCCUCGGAACUCAGCCGACUCGCGAUGCGAAACGCUGUCCCAGCCUCUGCCAUCAAGGGUGAAUGGUACGAUGCCCAGAUCGCCACCAUCCGCAAUUUGCGUCUCCCAGUGCGCGUGCUGGAACCUGGCCAGGCAGGCACCAUCGGCAUUGUCUUUAACAUGCCAGACGAGGACCUCUCCGACAGCAUCUUUGAGCGUCACCCGCGGCCGCUGCCUAAAAUACGCAAAGGCAUGGUGCUAGCGAUGCCUAGCAAGCACAUGGUGGAAACGGGCCUGUCACUUCAGGCAGCAAGCGGCGUCACUGCAGUCUUUGAGGAUGCCUCGACAGAUGAACUGAUAGUGGGGAGCAACGUCAAGGUCUAUAUCGCCAGCGUUCGCGCCUCGGCUAGGAUACUACGCGUGUCUCCAACGUGGACGUAUCCUGACACGCCUGUUGACGACGACGAUGACGUUUUCGUCAUCAGCGAUGAGAAAGAGUCCGCAAGGCAACAGGAUAAUGGCAAGCUGGUAUACGAGGUGCAGCUUGAGCUCCUCUCGCAGCGGGAGUGGGUCGAGAUGGGCUCGCAGGUUGUGAUAUUGGAGGGAGGCAGCAGAGACAAGUCCGGGCUUUUAGGAUUUGUGGGCCGCGUCAUAGAGAUAGCGGAAUAG